AUUAAACUUCCACACAGUAGAGAGGGGUAGCCGUCUAGGUAACGAUCAGGAAAAGUAACAUGACAAGAUUUUUCAAUUUACUAUCUCUUGCCGUAUUGGCAGGAGUCUUUAUUAGCGCAAAUGCAGUAAACUACUGCAACCUUGCGUCAUGUCGCGGCAAGAUGCACACGAUGUGCGCGUAUACCUCAUCAGCACCAGGGCCAAACUGCCAGCAAGCGCAUGAUGCGGGUCUGACCAAUUCUGAAAAGGACUUGAUAGUGAGAAAGCAUAAUGAAUUGAGGCAAAGAGUUGCUAGCGGUCAAGAGACAAGAGGAAGUCCUGGCCCACAACCACCAGCGUCUAACAUGCAAGACUUGACUUGGGAUGACGAAUUGGCAACAAUUGCGCAAAGGUGGGCUAAUCAAUGCAUUUACAAGCAUGAUAAGUGCAAGAACGUAGAAAGAUACCAAGUCGGCCAAAACAUAGCCAGAAGUUCUGCUACAGGAAUGGAACCGGCCGGUGUAGGUGAAAUGAUCGAUGACUGGUACAAUGAAGUAGCACUGUUUGAUAAUUCUCUAGUUUCUUCAUAUCAGUUCUCCAUGGACACUGCUCAUUAUACUCAAAUGGUCUGGGCUACUACGGCCAAGAUAGGUUGCGGCCGAAUAAAGUACAAGAACGAGAGAGGCUGGGACACGAAUUUCUUUGUCUGCAACUAUGGUCCAUCUGGAAACUGGAAAGGCAAGAAAAUGUAUGAAAUCAGACAGUAAAUCUGCCUAACAACACAUUGACCAGCGAUGAUGAAUACGCUUUUUAUUUGUUGAAACGGGUUAUAAUGUAUGUAUGUAGAUAUGUCAUCCUCUUGGCUUAUAUUUCUAAAUUUAAUUCAAAUUUGUUACAAUACUAAGAAAAAAGGAAAAAAGUAUUACGAAAUAUAAUCAAGUAUGUACAAAAUGUGUAUAUCAUACCAACAAUGUAAAACGAUAUAUAAAUAAAACAAUGCAUUAUAAAAA